GGGCAGUGCGGCCGCGCAGGCGCGGACGGCGUUGGUGGGAGGAAGACCUUCAGCGUUGCCCUGGCGGAGCGGCGCCGGCCCUGGGCCUGUGGAAGAUAAUGUGUAACACACCAACCUACUGUGACCUGGGGAAGGCCGCCAAGGAUGUCUUCAACAAAGGAUAUGGGUUUGGCAUGGUCAAAAUAGACCUGAGGACCAAGUCUUGCAGUGGAGUGAUGGAAUUUGCGACUUCAGGUCAUGCUUACACCGAUACAGGGAAAGCAACUGGCAACCUAGAGACCAAAUACAAGGUCUGUAAUUAUGGACUCACUUUCACCCAGAAAUGGAACACAGACAACACGCUGGGGACGGAAAUCUCUCUGGAGAAUAAGUUGGCUGAAGGGUUGAAACUGACUCUUGAUACCAUAUUUGUACCGAACACAGGAAAGAAGAGUGGGAAGUUGAAGGCCUCUUAUAAACGGGAAUGUUUUAGUCUUGGAAGUAACGUUGAUAUAGAUUUUUCUGGACCAACCAUCUAUGGCUGGGCUGUGUUGGCUUUUGAAGGGUGGCUGGCUGGCUAUCAGAUGAGUUUUGACACCGCCAAAUCCAAACUGUCACAGAAUAAUUUUGCUCUGGGUUAUAAGGCCGCAGACUUCCAGCUGCACACUCAUGUAAACGAUGGCACUGAAUUCGGAGGCUCUAUCUACCAGAAGGUCAACGAGAAGAUUGAGACCUCAAUAAACCUUGCGUGGACAGCUGGCAGUAACAACACCCGUUUUGGCAUUGCUGCUAAAUACAAGCUGGACUGUAGAACUUCUCUCUCUGCUAAAGUGAAUAAUGCCAGCCUGAUUGGACUGGGUUAUACUCAGACCCUUCGACCAGGAGUCAAACUGACCCUCUCCGCUUUAAUCGACGGGAAGAACUUCAGCGCAGGUGGUCACAAGGUGGGCUUGGGAUUUGAACUGGAAGCUUAAAGUGGUUUUGAGUGAAGCAUCUGAUGGGUCCCUGGCAGUGAAGAGAAAUGCACCCACUAUGUUUUGGCCUUAACCUUCUGUGAAAUUUCAAGAGUGUGAACUUUUAUUCUUCCAAAGAAUUGUAAUCCUCCCCACACUGAAGUCUAGAAAUCGGAGGGAGGUUCCCGAAGGCAUGCCUGGAAGUCGCCACGUUUGUGCCACAUUUCAGUUCAGUUCCUCAGUGUUAAGUUUAAUGUGUUCCUCAACAACAGUGUAUUGUCACAUUCAAGGAAAUGACCCAGUCCUCCAGUUUGUACAGCACAACCUGCAUGUCCCACACCACUUUUUCAUGACCUUUUAAUAUUAUUGUUCUCCAUGCUGUAGUGGAAUCUUUGGUUUUGCAUCAGAGUAAAAUAAAAGAAACCCAUCACA